UUUGUGUCAUGAAGAAGGCGGAUAUGACGUCAUAACUCGGUGCCCGGAGAGCGACCAGUCGUCUGCGCUCUGAUGGGGAAGAAGACGCGAGCGGCCCCAGGCCGGAGACCUAUACUGCAGCUCUCCCCACCGGGACCCAGAGCGGCCGCUGUGCGAGAAGAGACCGGCUCCGGAUCGGACGAUGAUGCAGACUGUCAGAAAGUACUAGGUCCUCCUACCACAGCGAUGGUGACGGAAGUACAAGCAGCAGUAGUGAAGCCUACAGGUGGGUUGUGCCUGCUUGGAGCCUACACAGACAGCGAUGAUGAGGAUGGCGGCACGGCUGACAAACCUGUAUCUACAUGUAACACUAAAGGAAACACUUCUGCUGAUAUUGACAGCACCUUGGCCAAUUUCCUUGCGGAAAUUGAUGCUAUUACUGCCCCUCCCCCUCCUGAUGGAAACUCUGUGUCAGCAUCUACUGUUCCCCCACCGACUCCCCCAAAACCAGACCCAAAGGAUUCUCAUGGUUUUACUUCCGCUAUGCACAAUGGAUCGGAUCCAAAUGCAGCUGGAGAUACAUGGCAUUACGACACUCAGUGUUCUUUAGCUGGAGUUGGAGUCGAAAUGGGAGAUUGGCAGGAGGUGUGGGAUGAAAAUACUGGAUGUUACUACUACUGGAAUACUCAGAGCAAUGAAGUCACCUGGGAGCUUCCUCAGUGCCUGGCAUCACAGGUUCAGGGUGCGCAAGGAUACAGCAGCAGCGUUGAGACUCCUGUACUAUCGGUCGCAGCAGCUUCAGAUUCUUUCCCGGAAAUAAAAGAAGCGGUGGUAGCAAUGCCGACAGUCUCUAGUGUCAGCAGCAUGCCAGUUCUUAUGAAGAAAGAGCCAAAGAAGGAAGUCAAUGAAGCCAUUCAGGCCCUUUCCAACAAAGAGGAGGAGAAAGUUGGAGUGGCUGCAUCCCUUCUAGCGCCACUUUUGCCAGAUGAGGUAAAGGAGGAAGAGGAACGCUGGCGGAAAAAGGUCAUCUGUAAAGAAGAUGUGGUGGAAGCAGCUUCCGAGGAUGAAGAGGACAUGGCCACGGUCUGUGCUGAUGGAGAACCUGCUGUAGAUGACGAGGCUCAGGAUGACAUCUGCAGUACUGUCCAGUCUGGAGAGAGUGAAGAAGAGAUGGAGGAGCAAGACACGUUGGAGCUGGAGCGAGUGUUGGAGAGGAAAAGGGCUGAGUUGAGAGCACUGGAGGAGGGAGAUGUAAGUGCGUCUGGUGCGUCCAGUCCACGCUCAGACUUUAGCCAGUCUGAUGAAGCUCACAAGGUCAAACCUCCCACCAGCAAGUGGAAAGUUUUUGUACCGGUCGCCAGCCCUAGCUCAAGCCGCAGCUCCAGCAAAACCGGAAGAGAAACGCCUGAGACUGAAAUGGGAGCUGAAGCUGCAGAAUGUCCAGCUCCGGCGAAGGAGCCAGAGAAUGAUAGUGUGAAAAUGAAGCUACCUCCAAAACCUCCACUUGAAGAGGAAGAUGAUGAUCUAAAGUUCCAGAUUGGAGAACUUGCUAACAGCUUGAUCAGUAAAUUGGAAUUUUUAGGCAUCAACAGGCAGAGUGUGUCCAAUUUCCACAUCCUGCUCUUUCAAACUGAGACUCGAAUCUCAGAUUGGCGAGAAGGCGCCCUCAGCGGAAGCUACUUGAAGCGCAAACUUCAUGACGCCUCAGAACAAAUAAAACAGUAUGAAAUUAACGCCACUCCUAAAGGCUGGUCCUGCCACUGGGACAGGGAUCAUAGACGUUAUUUCUAUGUUAACGAAAUCUCAGGAGAGUCACAGUGGGAGUUUCCUGAUGUGGAAGAGGAGUCGGCACCCAAUAAUAAAUCCGAAGCAGCCUCUAAACUGGCUGAAAGGGACAAAAUCCCUGGUGCCCCAGCUCUUCCUCCUGAACCACCAGCAUCUUCUCCAGACUCCAUCUCUACUAAACCUUCAGUUGCAGCUAAUGUGCCAGUGUCUCAUUACUGGGAGUUUGCGCAGCCACCUCUGCCUUUAGAAGCGCCUCUUCCGCCACCCCCACCACCUCCUCCUGAGUCACCCCCUCCUCCCCCCCCUCCCCCACCUCCCCCUUCCUCACCACCCCCUACCCCCCCAAUGGAGGAGGAUUGUGAGAUACAAGAGGUUGAAAUGGAAGAUGAAGACAGUGAGGAACCUCCCGUCCCAGGAACAGAGGCUAUGCUUGUGAAAUGUGUUAAUUCUGAUCUCUCAGUAGAUAAGGUGAAAGCAGAACCAGCUACAUCAGGAAAAUUAGCCAAGAGGAAGGCCACUGAUAUGUUUGGGGAACAGUCUGUAACUAUUGGAAGUUGUCCAAUUCUUUACACUCAGCAGUCUCUCUCUGCAGCUCCUGUUAUGGCGGCCAUGAAUGUUCCUGCUAGUUACUUGGGACUGCCCCUACAAGUACCUUCUCCUGUUAUGAUGAGCAGCAUAGAUUAUACCAUUCAAAGCACCAACAUGGUGCCUUCUAUGCAGCACGCAUUGCCACAAACAACUUUGCUCCCUUCUACCGCUCCAGAGCAGCAGGUUUCACCAUCACAGAUUCAAGCACCUGCAAGCAAACCUCCUCCCACAGAGAAGCCAAAAAAGAGCAAAAAAAUCAAGGUGAAAAAGAGUAAGGUGAAAAUGCCCUCCUUGGUGCAGAAGUGGCAGAACAUUCAAAAAGAACUGGAUGAGGAGGAGAAUUCCAGCUCCAGUGAUGAGGACCGUACUGUGGUAAAUCAGAAACGCAUUGAUGAAUGGAAGAUGCAGCAGUUAUGCAGCGGCAUGGCAGAGAAAAAUGCCAACUUUGAAGCCCUCCCUGCAGACUGGAGAGAUAGAUUAAAGAGGAGGAAAAUGGCUUCCAGCACAACCACCUGACCUCAACUGAUUUUGAGCAAUUGUCUUAACAUAUAUUGUAAAAAAAAAAAAACGAAA